CCUGCAUUGCUGAGCAUCACUGCUGACGUCCGGCGAUUUAAAUCGUUCCCACAAGGAUCAAACGCACUCAGAAGAGCAGAAACAGCUGAACAGCAAACAUUCAGCAUUUAAGACUCACAGCAUCAAGAAUGAAGCAAGCAUUUAUCCUAUUGGUCUCCAUAGCCAUGGUUUUUGUGGCACCAGGAUCAGCUCAGCUGUCAUUGUCAAACAUACCAGCGAACGUCACUCGGACAGGUUGUGGAACCACUAGACUGUGUGUGGAGACACCAGAGGAUUGUGACCCUGCAACAGAUGACCCUUGCCUGUUUACAUCUGUGAGGGCUCCAAAUGGCACCACUCUGUAUUUCAAACUGAGUGGAACAAUCAGUGGAGAUAGCUACGUUGCAGUGGCACGCACUGCAAAUGCAUCUGAGGGUACCAGUAUGCUGUAUGCCUGUGGUAGAAGGGGCACAACUAAUGGGGUCAAUGGGACAUUCAUCUUCCAGGUAGUGCAGAGAAACAACAUCAACGGAACGCUCACUGUCAUCAACAGGAUUGUGACAGAAAUACAAUCCCUGAUAACAAAUACAAAGAUCCAGUGUGUGUUUCACGUCCCCGGAGUGAACGCCUCCAUGGUGAGGAACACAGUCCUCCUACUUGGGUCUGGAAUGAUAAGUGGAAGUACUCUCGGGUCCUUCACCGCCAAUGUGACCACCCCUCCUCUGAACCUUUCCAACCCAGCCAGCAACGUUAACAACCCCACCACCACCACCACCACCACCACCACCACCACCACCACCACCACCACCACCACCACCACCACCACCACCACCACCACCCCCACCCCCACCACCACCUCCUCUUUGACCAUCACUCGGACAGGUUGUGGAGCCACUAAACUGUGUGUGGAGAUACCAGAAGAUUGUGACCCUGCAACAGACAACACUUGCCUGUUUGCAUCUUUGAGGGCCAGCCCCCCAAUGCCUCCAAAUGGCACCACUCUGUAUUUCGAAGUGAGUGGAACAAUCAGUGGGGAUGCCUACGUUGGAGUGGCACUCAUUGCAAGUGCAUCUCAGGGUACCAGUAUGCUGUAUGCCUGUGGUAGAAGGGGCACAACUAAUGGGGUCAAUGGGACAUUCAUCUUCCAGGUAGUGCAGAGAAACAACACCGACGGAACGCUCACUGUCAUCAACAGGAAUGUGACAGGAAUACAAUCCCUGACAACAGACACAAGGAUCCAGUGUGUGUUUCACGUCCCCGGAGUGAACGCCUCCAUGGCAAGGAAUGCGGCCACCACCUUUGCCAUCCAACUCGGGUUUGGAAGUGUAAACGGAAGUACUCUCGGGCCCUUCACCGCCAACGUGACCACCCCUCCUCUGAACCUCCUCGAUCCAACCAGCAACCUGAACAACAACAUCACCACCACUACUACUCCCACCACCACUCCUCCCACCACCAUGUCAGGGGCAAACAGAGCCCUUUUCCCUCAGGCUUUGCCGCUGCUGCUGAGCAUCUUCAUCCUGUACAUCCUGAAGACAGCCUGAGAGAGUCCAGAGACGAAGCUGAGACCCAAUGAAGACACAAUGAUGACACGUUUGAGUGUCAAAAUGUUUAAAAAGUGGUUUUGCAGAACUUAAAAUUAUUUAAGGAUCUUUUUGCACCAUGUUUAUACCUGAUAACUACUUUGAGCUGAAGAAUCUAAUGACGUUCAUUUUGAAACCACCUUUUCUUGUUUUUGUGAUCAAAUGUUUUCACAUUUUCUGUUGUCUCUCCAGUUUUUAAACACAUUCCCUCUGACACCACAGCAGUGUCUGCAAAUAGAAAUUUCCAGAUUUGGGUGUAACGAAUCUGAGCCGACAUCGACAGUAAACCACAACAGCCAACGUUAGUUAAGAGACACACAACCCAGCUCAGGAUUGUUACCUUGUUUUGAUGUGCAUGGAAUGUGACUGUAAACUAUCUGUUGAGCAGAUGACAGUGCACUUAAACUAAAAAACCAAUAAAACUUAUAAAUAA